AUGGACAGUACUGUCCACCCAUCGGACAGGCAGACUAAUGGCUGUUUAUCGUACGUGCUGUCCCUGCAGGAGAAACUCCAGGGAGCCCAGGGCCCUCUCAGGAAGGAGCUGGAAGAGGCCCUGGCUCUGAUGUCUGAAGAGGAGAAGAAAACCACAGAGUGGCAGGGGAAAGUGAAGAACAAGAGAGAGAUGAUUGCAGGUGAAUUUAACAAACUGCACACACUGCUGAGAGAGGAGGAGCAGCUGCUUCUGCAGAGCCUGGAGGAGGAGGAGAGGGAGACUCUGCAGAGACUAAGGGAAAAUGUAACCAAACUGUCCCAGCAAAGCUCCUCUCUGCAGCAGUUGAUCAUGGAGAUUGAGGAGAAGUGUCAGCAACCAGUUAUUGAGCUGCUAAAGGAUGUGAAAAGCACAUUGGGCAGGAGUGAGAAUGUGAAACUUCAGGAACCAGAAGCUGUUUCUACUGACCUGAAGAACGUGUAUAAAAUUUCCCUUGACAUGAGGGAAGUGCUGAAGAGAUUCAUGGCCAUCACACAAUGUACUGAGGAAGAAAAUGUCCAACCAAACCGCCGUGACUGAAUUCCUUCUCCUGGGAUUCUCUGAUGUUUGGGAGCUGCAGAUUUUACACUUUGUGGUGUUUCUAGUGCUUUACCUGAUAUCCCUGCUGGGGAACCUUCUCAUCAUCACAGCCAUAGCUCUUGACCACCAUCUUCACACCCCCAUGUACUUCUUCCUGAUGAAUCUGUCCAUCAUAGACCUCGGCUCCAUCUCUGUCACCAUCCCCAAAUCCAUGGCCAAUUCCCUCAUGAACACCAAGUCGAUUUCUGAUUCUGGAUGUAUUGUCCAAGCAUUUUUUUCGUAUUCUUUUCUGCAGCAAAUUUUGUCUUACUGACCAUCAUGGCAUACGACCGAUACAUUGCCAUCUGCCAACCACUGCACUAUGAGAUGGUGAUGACCAGGAGAGCUUUUGUCCAAAUGGCAUCCAGUGC